UAAGGGUUUGGCUCUUCGGCGCUAAUCUAAUCAAGCUGGAGAUUUCUAUAACACUCUUAUUAAAAAAGUAGCCUAAGCUUUUCAUCAUGUGCUCCUUCCGAGUCAUCAUGAUCCAUUAUUACAACCCAAAGUCGUCGCCUUGUUCCAUGAAUUAUUGAGAUUGCUGCGGCCAGGAAAGGCGCCUUUGCCACCGACAGUCGAGGCAAUAAUCAAAGCCGAAGCUCGAGUACUUAAUGUACGGCUAGUUCAUCAGUCGCGGCGGCACCACCACGGCCAUCCACAUCCCCGCCGACGCCGGCCCAUGGAGAAGGACGCCAUGGCUCCCAGGAGGCAGCAGACCGUGGUCAUGUACCCGAGCUUCGGCGUUGGCCACAUCAUCCCCAUGACGGAGCUCGCCAGGGUCCUCCUCCGCCGGGGCCUCGACGUCACCAUGGUGCUCAUCGAGCGGCCCUUCUGGCCCUCCGACUCCGGCGCCGCCACCACCCGUCGGGUCAUGGCCGCGAACCCGGCCAUCACGUUCCACGUCCUCCCUCCCGACCCGUCGCCCCCCGACUUCGCCGGCUCCACCAAGCCCCCGUUCUUCCACACGCUCCAGCUGCUGCGCAGGUACAACGGUGAGCUCGGGCGCUUCCUCCGCUCCUUCCCGCGCCGCCGCCUGCACUCCGUGGUCACCGGCAUGUUCUCCACCUACGCCGCCGAGGUCGCCGCCGAGCUGGGCGUCCCCGCCUACACGUUCUUCGCCUCGGGCGCUGGGUUCCUGGCCGUCGUGGCCCAGCUGCCGGCGCUGCUCGCCGGCAGGCAGGAGGGCCUCAAGGUCCUCGGGGACGCGCCGCUCGAGUUCCUCGGCGUCCCGCCGAUCCCCGCGUCGCAUAUGGUGAAGGAGUUGCUGGAGCACCCGGAGGAGGACAUGUGCAACGCCAUGGUGGACGCCCUGAAGCGCGUCGCCGACACCGACGGCGUCCUGGUGAACACGUUCGAGUCGCUAGAGAGCCGCGCCGUGCAGGCGCUCAGGGACCCCCGGUGCGUCCCCGGCAAGGCGAUGCCCCCGAUCUACUGCAUCGGACCCGUGGUCGGCGACGGCUCGCCGCAUCGGGAGAUGCCUCCCGAGAGGAGGCACGAGUUGCUGGCGUGGCUGGACGCGCAGCCGGAGCGCAGCGUCGUGUACCUCUGCUUCGGGAGCAGGGGCACGCUCCCGGCGGAGCAGCUCCGGGAGAUCGCCGUCGGCCUGGAGAGAUCCGGGCACCGGUUCCUCUGGGUGGUGCGCACGCCGGCCGGCACCGACGACCCGAAGAAGUUCCUGGAGCAGCGCCCGGAGCCGGACCUGGAGGCCCUGCUCCCGGCGGGCUUCCUGGAGCGGACCGGGGGGCGGGGCCUCGUCGUCCCGUCGUGGGCGCCGCAGGCGGCCGUGCUCCGCCACCUGUCGACGGGCGCGUUCGUGACGCACUGCGGGUGGAACUCGGUGCUGGAGGCCGUCGCGGCGGGGGUGCCGAUGCUCUGCUGGCCGCUCUACUCGGAGCAAAUGCUGAACAAGGUGCUGAUGACCGACCUCGACAUGGGCGUCGCCUGGGAGAUGGAGGGGUACGCGGCGGGUCGCGUUGGGGCCGAGGAAGUGGAGGCAAAGGUGCGGCUGGUGAUGGACUCGGAGGAGGGCAGGGAGCUCAGGGCGCGAGUGGCGGCGCGCAGGGAAGACGCCAUGGCCGCGCUGGAGGACGGGGGCACGUCGCAGGAGGCGCUCGCCCGCUUCUUGGCGGACGUGGACAAGCUCCGAGGGCAGCUCGGCGAUUGAGUGCUACUACUCUUCUCGAUUGCGCCAUCCCGUGUUAAUUUUGGGUUAUUUGUUUCUACAAAUUUCCAUCACUGUUUAUGUCAUCCUCCGACGAUUGUGUAGUUGACUAGCAGGAAUAAAGAAGCAGCACAGGGUUUUGCAGCCCAA